AUGCUCGAGAGGCGUUGUGGGAAUCGCGAUAUUAAAAUACGAUCUGAAUUUCAACUAAAAAAUAAUCGCCAUAGAAGAAGGCGAUAUGUUAUUGAAGGUUCUUUCUGGAAGCAUCGAAAUAUAACUUAUCGCAUAGUAAAUUAUUCGAAAUCAAUGUCGAGAGGUGAUAUUCGAAAAGUUUGGGAAGCUUCCGAACUAUUAAAAUUUUCGUACAAAACGAGGGGUUUUGUCGAUUUGAAGAUUGCUUUCGUUAAACGCGAACACGGUGAUGGUCAACCAUUUGAUGGCAAAGGACAAGUUCUUGCGCAUGCAUUCUUUCCUCGUUUUGGCGGAGAUAUUCAUUUCGAUGACGAUGAAUUUUGGAAUCAUGAAGUGGAUUUAUAUGCAGUGGCAGUACAUGAAAUAGGCCAUUCAUUAGGACUAAUGCAUUCAUUCAAUCGUAACGCUAUUAUGGUACCAUUUUAUAGAACUUAUUCCGAAGAGCCUCUUCGUUUACAUAGAGACGAUUUGAAUGCGCUCAUUCACUUAUAUGGCACUACAAAAUCCAAAACCACUUUAGAGAAAUUUCCAUUUCACAGUGAUAAUAAUUAUAAUGUUGAUCUGUGCAAAGAUUCGACAAUUAAUGCGAUCACCGUCACCGGAAAUGGUUCCGCUUAUGUUUUUAAAGAUGAUUAUUACUGGAAAUUGAACGACAAUUCAAUCGAUGAGGGAUAUCCGAGAAAAAUCAGCGACGACUGGGAAGGACUAAGCGGACCAAUUGACGCCAUACUCACUGACUUGGAUGGUGACUCCUAUUUUUUUAAGAAAGACAAAUAUUGGUUAUUUAAUCGAAAUGGCAAACUGUAUGCGAAAUAUCCCAGGUUGAUAGUUAUCGGGCUUACUGAUACUCCAUCCGAUAUCGAUGCUGCGCUACUAUCACCUCACGAUUAUAAGCCGUACUUCUUCAAAAGCAAUAUUUACUGGAAAUAUUCACGUUGGGGUAUGCCGAAUUAUUAUCCAAAACCGAUAAAAAACCUCUUCCAAAAUUUACAUAUGGUUCCACAGAAGAUCGAUGCAGCAGUAAACUGGUCGAAUGGUAGAUCUUAUAUAUUCGCUGGACGAUAUUUCUAUAGACUAGACGAUUGGCGAUCAAUGCGUGUUUCUUAUGGAUAUCCACGUGAUACAGCAACGUGGUGGUUUGGAUGCAAAGGAGGCAAUCGCACCGAUAAAUGA